AGGACGAGGUGAAUGAAACUGCCGACUUGCCUCCCCCGGAUUCGAACCUGGAAUCAUCAGACGUUGGUUCUAAUGAAACGACGCUGGACGAAUCAACGAAUACACCCACCAUAGCCGCAGACGAAGUAGAAGAAGACUCUAUCACAAUCGUGAGUCUGAUAGACCAACCAUACGAGCAUUACAUGCGGUGGACCAAGGGUCUCAUAGAUUACCAUGGAGUGGAUAGCUUUGAUAAUAUAAAAGCUAAGAUAGAUAUGGUCACGUGGCCGAACUUGGUUCAACCUGUUUGUGGUGCGGAUAUUAGUGACGAUGAUGACGUCACCAGUUCCGAUGACGCCAUUAGCUUGAACGAGGUCAUUGGUUCUGAUGACGUCGCUAGUGUUAACGAACUCGCAAAAGUGAAUGACGUCAUAAUGGUGCCUGAAGUCACAAAAUUUACUGACGUCACUGUUUCUAACUUUAUUGACGUCACGACAACAAACGCAUAGCGUGAAUCGUUAUUCCAUCAACAAACUAAUGACGUCAUUAAAUUUAUUUAAAUUAUGACAUCAUAAAGAAGGCAGUGACGUCAUAUAUCGAUCAAAGUAGCAACUUGCCGAUAAACCUCCCUUAGAUUGCGGUACAAAACCACUGCCGAUACAUCUUGUGUGUUAUACUCCCCUUUAUUAUUUUUAUCAAUGCCUGCUGGUGUUUACAGAUGAAGUUUUUUUUGUAACUUUUGAACAAAGCGCUUCGACGUGGCUUCUUUUGGCGUGGAAACAUUUUAUCUUUGUUUUAUUUAAAUAUCAAACACUGGUGUUCGCGUAACGUACAUGACUUAGUUAAAAUUAAAGUCGUCCCAAAUACAAGACUUCACAAAUAUGA